AGCAAAGUUAAGGAUUCUCGCAGAGAUUCCGGAAACAUGUCCAUUCCGAUGAUCAAUGCUAACGGCAGAAGUCAGAACGCGAUUCACGUCAACACUCGGCCUGAUGAUAUUCGCAAUCGCAUUAUCGGAGCCAGCGACAGUAAAGGCGACUCGGCGACCUGUGGAAAAAUUCUGAUGGCCCUUUCGUGGAUCUUAGUGAUCUUGACCAUGCCGUUCUCCCUCAUCGUCUGCUUCAAGGUGGUUCAGGAGUACGAGCGAGCCGUGAUCUUCCGCCUUGGUCGUCUUUUGUCAGGGGAAGCGAAAGGACCCGGUAUCUUCUUCAUUUUGCCGUGCAUCGAUUGCUACGCAAGAGUCGACCUCCGAACCCGCACGUAUGACGUGCCACCGCAAGAGGUAUUAACCAAGGACAGCGUGACGGUCUCCGUCGACGCGGUGGUCUACUAUCGCGUGAACAACGCGACGAUUUCGAUCGCCAACGUGGAGAACGCUCACCACAGUACGCGACUGCUGGCUCAAACGACCCUGAGGAAUACCAUGGGCACGAGGCCUCUCCACGAGAUUCUGAGCGAGCGGGAAACCAUCUCGGGCAAUAUGCAGGUCUCGCUGGACGAAGCCACCGACACCUGGGGCAUCAAGGUGGAGCGGGUGGAGAUAAAAGACGUGCGUCUCCCUGUCCAGCUGCAGCGAGCAAUGGCGGCCGAGGCCGAAGCCGCCCGGGAGGCCAGGGCAAAGGUAAUCGCGGCCGAGGGCGAGCAAAAGGCCAGCCGGGCUCUACGGGAAGCGUCGGAGGUUAUCGGAGACUCUCCUGCUGCCCUGCAGCUCCGCUAUUUACAGACGUUGAACACUAUUUCGGCCGAGAAGAACUCUACGAUAGUGUUUCCCUUGCCGAUCGACAUGCUUACUUAUUUUAUAAAAGCGAAAGAGGCGACUAGUUCCUAGUCGCUCCUUCGCUUAAAAACUAGACUAGUUCCCGAAAAAAGUCCUCUCGCCGGAACCAAUGGAUGAUUCGGGGAUUUAUUUUGUAAUGUAAGCGGAACAUGAAUAACUUCCGAAAUUCGAGGGACAGGAGGUGUACCGGUUGGUUAGCGUAUUCGCAAUUUCGAGUGUAAAUAUUUGUACUUUUCAUUUUGACGCAACUUGUUAAAUUAUUGAUACAACGUAUGAUGUGUGCGAGUGUACAAUAAAGAUAUGUAUAUAUAUU